GCUGCAUCCACUCAUAGAUAAAACAGUUCAGAUGCAAGAAAACAAAGAAAGAAAGCAUAGUCAAUAAUUUUUUUAUGAUAGAUAUUAUUGAGGAUGAGUAAUGGUGUAGAAAGAGAGAAUAAUCUAUGCUAGGGUGCUCUAGGCAACAACAGAAGACUGUCAUUAAAUAUCUAAGGAUUAGAAACUAUAAUUAUAGUGCAUACGUAGCAGGCACAGAAGGAAUAAAAAAUGAUGAAGGAUUUGCACUACGCAUUUUACAAAUUGAAACGCACCAUGAACAAUAAUCGAAGCAUACAUCUUGAAGCAUGUCUACCACCAAGGAGAUGAGAUAAUGUUUUCUAUUUUUUUAUGGUUCUCGAUAUCACUUUAAAAGAAUUUGUUUCGUCCGUUCCAACACAUUAAGAGCGUGAAAAAUAUCUCACA